AUGGACGAGUUCAUCAACUGGGAUCAGGCCGGUGGUGCCGCAUCUAUGAACGUACCCGUUGGCGUGCCCAAUGCCCAGGACCUGCCGGCAGGUGACCCGAGCUUAGAUAUUGAUCUAGCUCUCGCCAAUGUCACCGAUGAUGACUUUGGAUUCUUUGCCCUGCAACACUUCUCUGGCGACCAGUCCCUCCCCGUUGCCUUGGGUGCCCCUCAAAUGGACGGUGUCAGCUUUCCUCUCGACAUUGAUGCUGGUCUCGGUACUGGCUCCGGCUCCGCCUCUCCGAGCUGCUUUGAAAUACCCCCAACCCCCUGUGCCCACUGCUCGGGGGCCGGCUACCUCUGCAAAGUCAUCAAAGAGGGCCGGCACCAAGGAUACUGCACGAGCUGCGUUGCCUUGAACCUUGAUUGCAACCUUGCCGCGGAAACUGCUUCCGUCCUCUCCCUAUCUACGGGCUUCGAACCCUCGUGGGCUGCUCGUCUCGAGCAGUGCGCUAGCAACGGGCUCGGCGCUGACCAGAACGGCGCCGCUUCCGAUAUGGCCACGGCCUCGGCCCAGGCUACUCACGUGCCGCUUAGACAGCCUGCUGUUGUCGGCGGUGCGGUGACCCUCCACCCAGCCCUCUGCCCCUUGGGCAAGAUUGGUGCUCGCUUAUCUAGAGAGUCCAUCCGCAUACUACGGCAGUGGCUUUCCACUCACCAAAGGCAUCCAUACCCCAGCGACGAAGAAAAGGAUAUGCUGCAGCGCCAGACCGGCCUUACCAAAGUUCAGAUCACAAACUGGCUCGCCAACGCUCGCCGGCGAGGCAAGUUCCCCACACCCGGACGCUCUACCUCGCCGCAGGUCGGAUUUGGCAUCGGACCCGCUAUCGCAAGGGCUGUUACGGCAUCGACCGUUUCCUCAGAUCGGGCCACCCCAUCCAGCCACAUCUACACGGACGAUGGAUCAGGCCGUUCUGCCCACGAAUCCUCCGCCAGCAGUGUGGGCACCUCCCACUCUUCCGGUGGCUCCUUUGCCUCCGCGUACUCGCACGCUUCUCGCGGUUCGUUUGGCUCGUUUGGCUCGUUUGGUCGUGCCAACCGCCGUCGCAGGAGGCGCAGAAAUGCUCCUGCACACGUGAGCGAGAAGCCCUCGCUCGCCGCCCCGUUGAGGACAUACCAGUGCACUUUCUGUACCGAGACUUUCAAGACAAAGCAUGAUUGGCAACGUCACGAAAAGUCUCUCCAUCUCUCGCUCGAGAGGUGGGUCUGCUGCAAUAAGGGCGCCAAGACCAUGAAGGCUGACGUCAAGGUCGUCUCGUGCGUUUUCUGCGGCGAGCCCGAGCCGACGGAAGACCACAUUGAAAGCCACAACUAUUCCGCGUGCCAGGAGAAACCUCUCGAGGGCAGGACGUUUUACCGGAAGGACCACCUUAACCAGCACCUAAGGCUCGUACACAAUGUCAAGUUUUCCGACUGGUCCAUGAAGGAUUGGAAGGUAACAACCCCGGAGAUCCGGUCAGUGUGUGGUUUCUGCGGCAUUUCCAUGAACACGUGGAGCGUGCGCGUUGACCACCUGGCCGAGCACUUCAAGAUGGGUUACUCCAUGGAGGACUGGAAGGGUGACUGGGGUUUUGAACAAGACGUCCUGAACCUGGUCGAAAACUCGAUCCCCCUCCCGCGAAACGCCUACGAACUGAUCAAGGUCGAGCUGGAUUACUACAUGGGCAAGACUCUGGAACUAGGCGUGCCUGAGGAUAGCCAACUGCAAGUAGAGGCGUGUCUCUCGUGGUUUCGAGACUUGAUCAUGUCAUCCGAGACGCUCCGGCAGCAGGCACAGUUUGGUCCGCUACGUUCGCAAGCGGAAAACAGGCUGGCUAUCCUUAAGAUUAACGGCAAGGACAACCUGUUCGAGGCCUGCCCGCUUGAGAUGGAGCUUCACGAGUUCGUUAGGGCUAAGAAGUUGUUGGGCCUGACUGCCAUGGACGACGAGCUUCAGGAGGAGGCUUGCCGAAUCGUUGGGCAGAUGGAGGAGGUUUCGACGCACCCGUCGGAGAACGUGGCCAACUGGCUCAUCCGCCUGAUCAAGUGUUCCACCGGCUGGCUCGCCGACUUUAGACAGCGGGCCCACCUGCCACGGAGCGAAGAUAUUCUAGACUCGAAGCGGCGACCAACGGAUCCGACCAAGAUUGACUCGACGGUCCACAACUACAGCAGGCUGGAGCGAGAACUGGGAGAUUAUAUCGACCUGCAAAAGUCGCUCGGGAUCGAGCCGACCGACGCGGACCUCCAGAGGCAAGCACGCAUCAUCAUUUACGAGAUUGAAGAUGGGUGGAACCAGACGGCAGCCGAUAAUCGAGUGUGGUUGGAUGCAUUCAGGCAGCGACACAGCAACCAGGGCCAAUCCCCGAAGGACAGCUCGGAAGGGCACAAGCUGUCCCCGCAGACGAACAACUCGAGCUUCAACACCAGGCGCGGUGGAUUCUUUACGAUGAACAAUGCGGAAUGGCUUCUACGGUUCAAGCGUGGAGUUGGGAUCCUCAAGGACGGCCCCGGGCUGCCAAUGGUGUACCCAUGGGCGGUCAAGGAGGGAGGCUCGGGCUUUGCGCCGCCAUACACGUACUUUAGCAAUGCGCCGGUGACGCACUACAGCGGCAGUGAAGUGGUGCAGGUUCCCAUGGGACCUGCAGGGCGGCAGUUUGAAACAUCUACUUCAGCAGCCAACCGAUUCUUAGAGACGAUCUCGUCACGAUACCCCCGACCCGGACGGGUGUUUUGUGCGCGUGAGCUCGAGGAGGGUCUCCGUGCGUAUGUCAAGUUCGAGCACGGGGAGACGGCGGCGGAUGACCAAGUUCUCUUGAACAAGUUCAAGAAGAUGAUACAGGAUGGAGAGGAAGAGAGCGACGACGGCAGCGCCAACCGCGGCCAUACUAUGGAUCACGGUGAGGAGGUGCCGGUGGUGAGUGCCGGGCCUGUGGGAGGUAUCCUGUCUCCUAUUCCUGUCGCGCCGAGGCCGGUGAUGGGGACCCAGAUGCCGGCGCUGCCAUGUUUUGGAAUGAGCAGCUCGUAUGAGGGCAUAGCUGCCAACAUGGACAUCUCGAUGACCGACGCCGAUAUUGACGGCAUGCUGAUGCAAGACAUGGACUUUGAUACAAUCUUUGAGCAACAGUGUACGGAGACGGGAGGGAAUGAAAUGUUGUAA